GCGGAAAUACGAACGAGCUCUCAGCUUUGUGAAAUUGUGACAGGCUGACAGCUGAGAGGUGCUGCACUGCUGCACUGCUGCUCAGCCGCUGCCAUUGGGUUCAGGGGCGCAGGGGCACGUGAGAGCGGGCCCCACUCCGCGAUUGUCGAUAAGAGGGAUGCUUCCGUCCUGUUUACUCUCCUGCCCACCGGCUCGGCCUCGUCCUCUCCUUCAGUACUUCAAGGCCGAGAAGUCUCUGCAGUUGUCCUUGGCUCUCUGCCUGCAACCCUUCAACCCUCUGCCCUCCUUCCAGACCCAGUGCCUAGAACCCAGCACACUCCUCUCCUUUCCAUUCAAUAAAAAAACGCGUCUCUACGCUUCUUUGAGAGCCCUCGCGAUCAAGCAAAAUGCGUUCCCCAUCCAUCUUCGUCAUCCUGCUCAUCACCCUUCUCUCCUCGGCCACAGCAGCUCCCCAACUCGUCUCCGUCAUUGGCGGCCUCCUCAAUGGCAUUCCAGUCGUUGGGGCCAUCACUGGAUACCUUGGCAACGUGCUCAACAUGCUCGGCGUCCUCUACGCAGCUCCUCCUUCCUUCCUCUUGACCACGGACCCCUCUCCAGUAUGCAAGAACGUUAACAACGGUACCCUCCUCUGCUGCUCCUCAACCAUCAACGGCGAUAUGCCACUCGUCGUGGAGCUCGCACAGCUGGCUGGACAAUUCAAGCUCAAUCCGAAUAGCAUCAAUGGGCUCUACUGCAAGAAGGACUUCACAACCUGCAACCCCGGAACCAAGCUUUGCUGCCAAGUUGACUCGGUCGUGAAUCCGCCCGUCAUCAACGAUGUUCUGAGCCUCGCGCUCUGGUGCCAGAACGCGCCGACUCAGGAUACCUGCGCCGCUUGAGCUGAGGAUGGAUUGUUCUAUACUUGGGGCUUGCAGUGGGGUGGAAUGAGUGGCUGUUAGGUUCGCUAUACUGACGGUGUAAUGGCUCGAUCAUGGAUUAUACAUGAAUAAUGCGGAGGUGCUACAAUGUAAGUGUGUAUAAUUAAAUUUAGUGACUACUUGAUUAAGAUAUAAUUAAAUAUAACGCUUUUGAACUGAAUAUGCGG